CAGUCCAAACAAUAGGUCAAGCGCCAAACUAAUAGUCAGCCAUAUGUAACCAUGUUUCCUAUUUCAUUCGGUAUUAGCUAUUAUUUACUUAAGCAUGCUGGAAAAGAAACUGAUAAAAAUAUAUAUAUAUAUUGUUGGACUAUGUACAAAUAAUAUCCAUUCGUAAUUUUUAUAAUUAUAUUACAUAUAAACUGAUAAUAUAUCUUGGUAUGGGCUCCAUAAUUGGGCAUUUGGACCUUGAACCCUGUGUACAAAUUCACUUUCGCCAUUUUUGUCGCUCUUCGAGAAGCCCACCCCCCUCAGCAUCUUCACAGGAGAGAAUACAUUACAGCCAGUUGUUUCAGUGAAUAGGCCUCCACUAAAUAGCGGCCGCGCCGAGACACACAGGUUGGUGGGGGGAUCGGGACACACAACACUGAAGAUGGCUUCACCGAGGACGAUAACAAUUGUGGCCCUCUCUUUUGCUCUUGGUCUUUUUUUCGUCUUCAUGGGCACUAUAAAGCUCACACCAAGAUUAAGCAAAGAUGCGUACAGUGAGAUGAAAAGGGCCUACAAAAGCUACGCAAAGGCCUUGCCAGGUCUAAAGAAGAUGGGUAUCAGUUCGGUGCUGCUCCGUAAGAUCGUUGGCUCACUAGAGGUGGGCUGUGGUGUGGUUCUGACGUUGGUGCCAGGGAGACCCAAGGAUGUGGCUAACUUCCUGCUCUUGCUGGUCAUGCUGGCGGUCCUUUUCUUCCACCAGCUAGUAGGAGACCCCCUGAAACGAUACGCUCAUGCUCUGGUCUUUGGCAUUCUGCUCACCUGCCGACUGCUCAUUGCCCGCCAGAGUGAGGACCGGCCUGAGAGGGAGGAGAGCAGGGAACAACACAUCAAUGUCCAGGAAAAGAACAAAGUCAAGCAGUCCUAAUCCAGCCCAAUCGUCUAGUCUGGGCAGAGCAACAGCAAAAUGGAACCUUGUGUAUUUCUUUGGAUUGUAGCAAUUCUGAUUCAAAAGAAACACAGUCGCUAUUAACAAGUGAUAUUUUUAUGUUUCUUUUUGACACAAAUACUAAUUUGAGUGACUUUGUUGGCUUUGAGACUGCUAAUGUUUUCCGCUAUUGAAGAUUGGUACUUUUCUAUUUUUUACAUUUUAGCUAGAAAGCUAAUGAUAUCCCUCGAAUUCAAUUGUUAUUUUACAACAAUUAAGCAUAGUUCAUAUUAAAUGGUUUAAAACAAACUCAUAUCCUAUCACCACUGUUCAAGAUAUAUUGUUGGUGAAUAUUGACUCACAUUUAUUUAAAUAUAAUACACAGUAUCACAUAUUUCCAUUGGUAUUAGUAAAAUAAGAAUCAUUUCAGUGAAUUCAGAUUACUUUCCGUUAAAGCUUUUACCUGUUCAUUCGAUUUUCUUGUAAGUAUUCCUAUGCAUGAAAAUGUACCCCUUUUCCCCAAAGAAAAAUUGAACGGUCAAAUGACAAGUCUUUCGCUCAUCGCAAAUUGAUGAAUCACUUUGUUGCACCCAACACUUUGGUUCAAGAACUCAUAUGGAGGAGAGACCUAUAGGAAGGCAUUUUGCUAGCAAUUAUGUACAUACAUAAUAUGUCUAUGGUUGUUAGCCUAGUGCUGUCUCUAUGUCUCUGGAACACAGUCAGUAGUCCAGCUACUUUGUCAAAUGCUGUGUCAAUUGACAUGUCCAAUAAAGGACUUGAUAUUUGUCUCUUAAUAAAAGACUGUCUCUCUUUACAUCCAGUGACAACAAAGGCUUAUGUUUAUCUGUGAGUCUAUUUUGCGCUUUGAUUUUUUUUUCUGUUGAAUUACUAUAUUAGAUAAGUAUUCAUAUGAGUAUUAACAUUACCACUGGGUUCUUCAUGUAAUGUAAAUGUAUUUGAUUAAUAUAUAAGUGGUGCUACCUUCAGUAAUGAUGAGUAGAUAAAGGGAGGUUUUUAGUCAGAUGAGCAGUUGUUCAGUUGGUCUUUAACAUUCACAAUACUUCUGUAAAACAAGAUGAGCUAAAUAAAACAAUGUAC